GGACCGAGUGAGGCGAUUCCUAAAAUCGAGAAGAUGUCCAGUUCGCGACAUCGCAAGCCGGCGAAAUCAUCGCGCGUUCCUCCACAAGCCAGGGAAUAUAUCACCGAACUGGCGGAGGAUCGGGACUUGGAACGCUUCAUGGCCUUCUCGUCAACGGCGAGCAGUGGGGCGAGUGGCAGCACCAACAGUUGUGCCCUGGCAGCCAUCCUUCCGCCGGGAAUCACCUGUCCCCCAAAGGAAUCUGGAUCUCGGCCAGGAUCUGGUCACAGGCGACGCAUAAGGAGUAGUGAGUGUCCAGCAGGGCAAGAAGAUGCAGAGGGGCAGCUACUGAAGCUACCACCCUCACCACCCCUCAAUAUACCCAUUUCCCAGGAGGCUAAGCCACAAAAAACACUAAAAAUCCAGUCGAAACCCGAUGAAUACACCAUUAUACCCAUUAUAUUGGCCGACAGCCAGAGUUUGCGACCCGUGGCGGCCACCCAGACCAUGUCGCUGUCCGUGGAGGAUCUGAGGACGCCCACCAAGCCGCCCAAGGAGAUGCACACCAAGAAAACCCAGACACCAGAGUCUGCCAUAAAGUCGCACAAGCGUUUGGAAUGGGAUCCAGCGGCGGAUGUCGGCUACUACAAGCGGGCAGUGUCCACCAGCAACAUCAGCACCUUGGAGCGGUCCGUUCUGGAGGAGUGUGGCUGGCGUCAGCCCAUCCAGCAGCGAUCCGAGACGGAUCUGGACAGACUGCAGCGACAGGAGGCGGAGGCAGAAGAACCUUCGCCACUGAAGGACAAGCCCACGCAACCACUGGCCUCCAGCACGUUCGUCAACCGCAGUGCACGCGGCAAGUGCUCCACCUCCGGUUUGGGUUCUCUGGCGAGUUCCUUGGGCUCCAGGAAGGACGACACGCCAGAGGUUUCCGGAAGUGGCUUAAAGCAGGGGGAUUCUUGCGCUAGUUCCCAGCAGAAGCAUUCCCGCUGCAGCUCAAGAAGGGAGUCUGCCCAUAGUAACUCCCAAAAUGAAACCAGUCGCGGGAGUUCCAUCAAAGAAUCUGCAGAAAUUAGUUCACCGAAAGAAGAUAAGUCCAGGAAGGAGGAAACUAAGGAAGCUUCAUUGAACAACAGGAACAAAGAGGAAGAUUCCACAAAAGAAAAGGAUUUACGGAUAAGCUGUCGAGUUCAAGAUUCGCAGGUCAGCUCCCUCAGAGCUUCGAUGAGCGGCUCGCGAAGGGAAUCCCUGGGCAGUUACAAAAGAGACGACUCCCGGCUCAACUCUCAGAACAGCUCCAGAAUGGGAUCACGGAUGAGCUCAAGGCUGGGCGAUUCGCGGUCCAGUUCACGGCGGGAAUCGCAGGGCUCCUCGCUGUACGGCAGCUCGGCGGCCAGUAGCUUUGAUUACCAUACUCACAUGGACGAGCAGGAGAAGCAGUUGGCCAAGCAGGAGCAGCAGAAAAGGAAGCAGCAGGUGCAGGAGGAAAGGGAGGACCAUCAGCAAAAAGAACAAACAGAAACAGAAAACCAGCAGCUGGAUGAAGUUGGAAAGAAGCGGGAUGAAUACAUGAAACAAAGGAGAAUGCAGCUCGAAGAGGAGCUAAGAAAAGCUGAGCAGCGGGAAAAGGAACGCGAACAGGAGCGUCAAUAUACAGCAGCCCAAUUCGAGAAGGUUCUGAGCAGCCGAAGGCGCGAGAACAAGGAGAACCAGCAGCCACCGAAACCACCGAAACCAACGAAACCAGCAAACCCAUCCAGCAACGCAGCCGCCUCCACAUCCACAUCCUCUUCCGCUGGAAUGGAAUCUGCAGGAGGACCACGUGGGGAACUGGAUCUGGGCAUCGAUUUGCUGUGCUCGCUGGUUAAAACCCGUAGUCUCAGCCAAGGACAGAAAAAGAAGCUAGUGAAGGAUAUAGCCAGGCGGAUUUCCUGUCUGGAUUUGGCCGAAUCGAGCAGCAGUUUGCGUUCCCUGAAGAGCAAUCACUCGUCGAACUCAAAGGAGCAGGGUAAAGGGGCAACUCCUCCUCUGCAGCGACAAGAUGUGGCCACGAAUACCACACAAACGGCUCCGCCAAACUCACCAAAAAGCAAGCCUUCGGCUUCCACUUUGCCUGUUCCCGCUCCUCGAAAGCGUAGAACUACUGGAACUACACCGUCACCAGUGGUUCCCCCCAGCUUCUCCACCAGCGGCUCAACCAGCGCCUCCCACGAAGUGAUCACCCAGAAGACCAAUGUUCCCACACGAGAGGCCGCCUCCACAGAUGCGGAUGCGGAGCCAUCGGAUCUGCAGGAGUGGCUGAAUCCCAUGACGCAGAGCGAGAUCGAGUACGAGCAGCGCCUGCGGGGAGGCCUCGAUUCGGAGAGAAGGCACCAGCUUGGUUGGAUCGAAACGGAGAUCCGACGCCUGCAGGCGUUGCAGAAGCUCUUGGGCGAUGCGAUGACCAUGCUGCCGCUGCCACGCUGCAACAACACCGUGCAGAUCGAAACGGACAAGGGAUCGUCUUGUCCCGGGGAUAAGCUAAUCUCAGCGGUGCCUUCGGUGCAAUUGCCAAGCAGUUCGGAGAGGGGUAGCGGUGGUCAGGAGGAGGGAAAAGAAAUCCAAGGAACAGCGAGAACAUCGAGAACUCCGCAACCGCCAGUGAGGAUUGAAUCGGUGAGAGUGCCGCCCAAGGAACUGCCUCCCGUGCCCACCACAUCCAUGAGCACCUCUGAGUCGCCACCGACGCCACCGCCACCGCCACCACCGCCGCAUCUCCACCAGCAAAAGCCACAGCAGAAUCGCAAGAAGAUGGACACGCCGGUGCUCGUCGUUUCGCACAGUUCCUCCAGUGGCGGUGGCGCCCGCAGCGAGAGCGUUUGCUCCUUCGUCCAGCAGCGGCAGCGACAGUUCCGCGAGCACUACCAAAACCAGCAGCAGCAAAAGUUGCUCUUGCUGCAGCAGCAGCAGCUAAUCCAGCAGCAAAACCUAUACCACCAGCAGCAGCUGCAGGAGCAGGGAAUAUACCAUCAUCAUCGCCAGCACUGUCCGCAACACCAAAGGCCCAAGCAACACGAGGAGCAGCAGCAGGAGCAGGAGGAGGAGGAGCAAUACCUGCAGAUGCAGUACGCCCAGGCGACGAGGAGUGCCUACGCCACUCCGCCGCACCUGAGUGCCAGUGCCGGGUACAGUUGUGCGGACAACGAGAGGGCCAUCUACUACCAGGUGGUGAACUCGCAGGAUGCCACGAGCUAUGUCCAGGCAGCCAUGGUGGCCACGAGUUUGCCGAACGAACGAAUCGAACAAGCAAAGAACGCAACGUCGGCUAUGGGAAGAUCCACCACGACCACAACCAGCUCAUCCUCCUCCUCGAUGCUGUGCAUCAGUUCGGAGAUCUCGAUACCCAUGGGAAUGGUGAACACUUGUGAGACCACGACGACGACCACCACGCACCAGUACGACGACGUGGCCUGCCAGCGGGUGAGGCGGGUGCCCAGGAAGGCUGCAUCCUCCAUCCUCCAUCCCGUCGAGAUGCAGCGACAGACGCUGCAGGUGCGUCCCCAGGCCAUCGCCUAUGUCAUCCAGUUCACGGCGACGGGCGGCAGUGAAGUGUUGCCCGAAACGCGCUCCCUGCAGGACCAACUGCAGCUGGCACGCCCGGAGUUCUGUGCCAAGUCGAAGGAACGCAAGGCCAUCCUGAAUGAAAUGCAGAUGAUACGCAACGUGCGACGGCAGGAGUUGGACCAACUGCUGGGCGAGAGCACCAGUCUGGAGACGCUGGACAGGCGACUGCUCCAGCUGCCACCGCCAGCCACUUCACGUUUGAGGAUAUUCACCACCAGGGAAAUGAAAGCGCUGACCACAAAGCGAUGCCAAAGUUUGCCGGAAGUGUUGGCCGCCCAAAGUCGCCGGGAGGAAGAACGAAGACGUCGUUGCAACCGCAAGAUGCGGGAUGUUUUCAACAAGCGCCUUCAGAGUCGCGUGGCCAACGGACAGCUAGCUAAAUCACAGCAGGACAAUCAUCUAGCGAAGAUCGAAAUGUAGUAGCCAUAGAUUAACACGAAUCCAAAACACCCAGUUUACAGCCCACCAGUUAGAUUCCUAUUUGCCAGUUGUUAGGCUUCUUAUUUUGGAUAUCUCUUAAUAUUAUUAUAGGUUGACAAUCGUUAAACCUCGUAAUUAGGUUUGGUUUAGUUUAUAGGAAAUGUUGAAUUUUAAAAUCGAAGGGCAGAGUUACCCUGUAAAUUCCUCAAAAAAAAAAAACAAAUUUAACUAUGUUUGUUUUUUUUUAAACCAGCAUUUGACAAAAUUUGUAACGUUUUUAAAUUAAAUAAAUAAAACAAAACGGAAUUAAUGACUGCCAUUGAAUGAAAGCGUAUUUGACAGUGUUGCCAUACUCCUAUAUUUUAUUUGUUGGGCCUUGGAUUUUGGCU